AUGGCGGCUUUGGCCUACUAUAGAACCAAUCCAUCACAGACCCAGAUCAACUGCUUCACGAACGAGCAGAGCCUUUCUAUGGAGAUGGCAGCAAACGCCGGCAAGAACUUCAUAAUCACAGGCGCUGGCCGAGGCAUCGGCCGUGGUCUAAGUCGAUUACUCCUACAGAAGGGUCAUCGAGUCCUCCUCGUCGAUGUCAAUCGCGAGGAACUAGACCAUACCGCCGCUAACCUUGCACAAUCGCACACUAGAGGCAAGGACUUCGAAGCACAUCUCUGCGACUUGCGAAAGCCCUCUGAUAUAUGUGCUGCUGCAUCUCGAGCCAGCGAGCUGUUCGGUGGACAUCUCGAUGUGUUGGUCAACAAUGCGGCGAACACUUCGGCCGUUGGGAAGUCACAUCUGUCUGAGAUCUCCCUGGAGGACUGGAACGCAUCGAUAGAAGUGAAUCUCACUGCGCCGAUGCUGCUAAGCCAGAGCUGUCUGCCAUUGCUACAGAACUCGAGCUCGAAACAGCAAGGCGGCUCGAUCAUAAACAUGUCGUCGACUCGAGCCUUCAUGUCAGAGCCUGACAACGAGCCGUACUCUGCCACCAAAGCAGGACUCCUUGGUCUGACGCAGUCAAUGGCUGUUAGCCUAGCGCCACAAGGUGUGCGCGUAAACGCAAUCUUGCCUGGCUGGAUCAACGUGGCGAACGAGUGCAAGUCCGCGGAUAGUGACGGGACUGCCUGGGAAGAUGGUUUGACUGGAGAAGAUCAUCGUUGGCACCUGACCGGUCGUGUUGGCAGGGUCGACGAUAUACUCAAGGCAGUGGAGUACUUGGUGGAAGCAGACUUCGUGAGUGGCGCUGAGCUUGUUGUUGACGGUGGCGUGACGAGGAAGAUGGUGUAUCCUGAGUAG